AGCAUUAUUACCGGGUUCUGAUUCCGCUUUUUCCCUUUUCUCUUUCUCUCUCUCUGGUGUUGGUUUUGGUUGUAUGGUGUGCGGAUUGUUCUUAGCCCCCGCUGCUCCAGUUACUCCAUACUAUUUAAAAUUACCCGGAGAUAGCCGAGGGUGGUUUAUUCCCUCGUGCUGACUACCGAACAGCGGCAGGAUCUGUAGAGUAAACUAUGUCAGUACGGCGCGUGUGCGACGCAUGCCAUUCACGCAAGGUACGGUGCGACAGAAACGACCCGUGCGGGAACUGUCUCGACCAGAGCUCCGUCUGCACGAGGAGCAGGGGGAUGAGGAGGCUUCCGAAGAGAGAUCUCCAGAGCCAAAGACAGAGACAGAGGCAGAGGCAGGGGUAUGGCAAUGCCCUUGCUCUCGCUCCAAGGAGUUCAUCUACCCCGACUAUCGAGCCGAGUCUGCAACUGCAGCCUGGGUCUGAAUUCGAUAUUGGGCUCGAGCAGCCAGAAGUUGAAGAGGGCCGGUUUCUGCUGGAUAUGUUUGAUGAACAGCAGCUUAUGCUCUUGAAUCAGUUUGACUUGGAUGUUAAUAUGAAUAUGAGCACGGGAUAUAGCUGGAUGGAGAUUGUCCCGCUGACGGAGGACCAGAUGAUUCGGCGGCGGGUCAAUACAGCGCAGGAUAUGACCUGGAGCAUUGAGAGACGACAGGCUUUAGAGUCUGCAUUGUCCGUUGCUGGGAGAGUUCUGGGGAGUAUGGAGCAGAGCCAGGGGGCAGAGAUGGAGAGGGGGGUUGAGGAGCGCCAUAUCCCCUCGUUCGAGCUUUUGUACUGGAUGUUGAAUGACAUCGGGAGUCCUAAAUUCGGCUCCUUCAUCUCCGACUACUUCAGACAUGUCGGCAAGGACUCGCUCAAGCACAUGGGUCUAGCCCUGAUAUCAAAUACCGCGACACCCCCAGACUCGACACUCUACACCGUCUGCGUCAACUCGCUCGCUUUCAAAUUCCUAAACGCUACACUUGGGACUGUCCAAGACAACGAAGACGAACUAACCCAGAACCUCCGCCACAACGCCCUCCUCUACCGCGAGACCGCAAAGGCCGCAUUGAAGGAGAUACCGCUCAUUACCAAGCCCUCUCUCUCCUUGCUGCAGGCCCUGCUUUGUGGGAUAUUCCUCCACCAGGGUUCCGGCGACACGAAUACCUGCCGCGAGCUAACAAAGACUGCAUGCCGCGUAUGCAUGGAUAUCGGACUCUACCCCGGUGCCACUGACCUUCAAUCCGUCACCGAGGCAGAGUACUACUGCUUCAUGUGGUGCUACAAGCUUGACCGCAACUACGCGUGGAAAUUUGGGAGCGCGAGGAUUCUCACUCUAGAUACGGACCCUGAGAUUGUUCUCAGUCCCUCGACAGCGCUGAAUGUCUCCGCCUCGGAAAUGGUCCUUAUCAACCUGGACCUAGCGAAAGUCCAAGACGCGAUGAUACCGUUCUUGAACGAUCCAGCUAGAGCGGCAAGGGAGGAUAUAUUCAACCUGGAAUACGGCAUCGGGACAGGCCUUUUGAGGAGGAUGGAAGGGAUUCGUCGGGAUAUUGACCAGAUAAGAGAGCCGUCGCCGAAGUGGACAGGCCUCGAUUCAGCUAGCGAAAUCGCCACCCUCGACUUUGCCUACCACUGCAUCCUCACCAACCUGCUGCACCUGCGUCAGCUUGCUCUCAGCAAUACCGCCCACUUGACGCCGGUAGAGACGUAUCUUGAUUCCGCGCGCCGAGGACUCCAUGCCCUGAUUUCCCUCUGCGCUUCUGAUGACCGACGGCAGACGGUUGCUUAUUUGCACUGGACGUUGCUAUACUACCCCAUAACAGCAUACAUCGCGCUCUUCUACAACGCCGUCGCAACCUCACACAGCGGCGACUUUGCCAUAUUGACGACCGUCGCGAGAUGCCUGGCGAAGACGGGGUCUCUGAGCCCGCGUGUUGCGGCCAUGCAGGGCCUUUUCCAGGAGUUUGUCGUGAUUUGUCGGGGGGUGUUUUUUGAUGGUGGGGAUGUUGGUUUGGAUUUGGGGGGUGAUAUGGGGCUGGUUUCGGUGCCGUUUGAGGGGGGAAGAGGGGUUAAUGAUUGGGGUGUUUUGACAUAAUAGAUCUCUAACUGUAAGAUAUUGUGCUAUAGAACUUGCUGGUCAAGAUGCAUGAAGUGGGCGCUAGGUUUCUUCAGCUUUAAUCUAUCGUUUAGCCCUAAUCCCAUACCCCU